AUACCCAUCAUGGCAUGGGAGAAUCAGACCUUCACCUCCAACUUCAUCCUGCUGGGCAUCUUCGAUUACAGCCCCACCCACAUCUUCCUCUUCUCGCUAGUCCUGGGUAUCUUCUCAGUGGCCCUCAUGGGAAACACUGCCAUGAUUCUCCUCAUCUACCUGGACACACACCUCCACAGCCCCAUGUACUUCCUGCUCAGCCAGCUGUCCCUCAUGGACCUCAUGCUGAUCUGCACCACUGUCCCCAAGAUGGCCUUCAACUACUUAUCAGGCAGGAAGUCCAUCUCUCUGGCCGGCUGUGGAGCCCAGAUAUUCUUCUAUGUGUCCCUGCUUGGAGCCGAAUGUUUCCUGUUGGCUGCAAUGGCCUAUGACCGCUAUGUGGCCGUUUGCUGCCCAUUACGGUACUCAGCUCUCAUGAGUGAGAAAAUCUGUGGUCUCAUGGCAGCUUCCUCUUGGAUGCUUGGCUCUCUUGAUGGUAUUAUUGAAGUUGCAGUUGCGCUGUCUUUCCCUUAUUGUGGUGCCCGGGAGAUACCCCAUUUUUUCUGCGAUAUCCCUUCCCUUCUCACUCUUUCAUGCACUAACACAUUGCUAUUUGAAAGAAUGAUAUUCAUAUGCUGUGUUAUUAUGCUUCUCUUCCCCGUAGCAGUCAUUACUGCCUCCUAUGCUCGUGUUCUCCUGGCCGUCAUUCGCAUGGGAUCUGGGGAGAGUCGCCGCAAAGCUUUUGCCACCUGCUCCUCCCACCUCGUGGUGGUGGGAAUGUACUAUGGAGCUGCCAUGUUCAUUUUCAUGAGGCCCGCAUCAGAUCGUUCCCCCACCCAGGACAAGACGGUGUCAGCCUUCUACACCAUCCUCACCCCCAUGCUGAAUCCCCUCAUCUACAGCCUCCGCAACAAGGAAGUGGCCAGGGCAUUCAGGACGGUGCUGGGGAGGGGCCAGUCUGGGGAGUGA